AUGGGGCGACUGAUCAAGGUCGAUCGAGCCAUGCAGGACGGGCCCAUGGGUCGUUUCGCCCGGGUUUGUGUGGAGGUGGAUCUCACAAAACCUCUUAUCUCUCAAUUCAAAAUUGAAGGCGUCACCUAUUACAUUGAACAUGAAGGCCUGUUGAAGAUCUGUUCCGAAUGUGGUCGUUAUGGCCAUGCACAUGCUACGUGCCCGUCCAUCUUUAAGGCCGCCCCAACUGCUGUAGCGGCUACAGAACACGAUGGUGGAGGAAGCCAGCCUUCCUCCAAAACUUAUGGAGAAUGGAUGGUGGCGAAAUCCAAGUCUAAGCAACGCAACAAGAAGACUCCGCCCUCCAAUUCCAAAGCUCCGGUGAAUGUUACCAAUGGUGAUACGGAAAGCUCGCGUUUUGCGGUCCUAGUGGAGGAGACAGAUGAAAUGCAAGAGGAAUAA